UAUAUUUUGUUCUUUCUCAGAGACAGUGUACGGGCUGGAUUAUCCCAAUUCCUGGAUUAUAACUCCAAACCGUUAAUUUAAUAGUUUAAAAUUUAGCAGAAAUGGCAGGACCAGUAGAUCCUGCAGAACUUGUGUAUAUUUUCAUCGAUUAUUCUAACGUCACUCAUGAGGGUUCGCGUGAACUUAAUAUUGCAAACGAUCAUUUUAAUGUCGAUCUCAAUCGACUUGUCUUAACAGUUUGUAAUGGAAGAAAAUCGGGUGGGGUUUUCAUUGCUGGUUCUACUCCACAAACGGCUCCAACACCAGCUAAAGAUGAAUUGGCAUGGAGACGAGCUGAACACCAUGGGUUCAAUGUCAAAACUUUCCCAAGAAACGCAUCAAACAAAGAAAAAAAAGUUGACUCACGACUUACUUGCGACAUUAUGCUUACCAUACGAAAAAAUCCAGGAAUAUUAGUAUUAGUCGCUGGCGAUUCCGACUAUUCUGUCCCAUUAGAAGAGGCCAGAAAAGAGAAUUGGGAGAUCGAGAUAUGGUUUUGGAAUAAAGGAAAGUCUAAACACUUUAGUAAUUUCCCUUAUACAUCAUUGAAUUUUCAUUACAAGUCAUUCGUAUAUAUCACUGGACCUAGGAAUAGGUAUACUUUUGAGAUCAGUAGUGAUAUAAUUAAGAAUUGGAAAUGGAAAAAUGAACCGAUAAUGGAAUGUUAUUGUGCUUUAAAUUUAUUAUGUCAGUUUCAAUGGGUGAAUAAAACAACUGCUCAUUUGUAUUUUGAUAAUGAAACUCAUUUGAAACAAGCAAGGGGUUGGUUAUUUAAGAAAUAUCCGAUGUUGUUAAAAGAACAAGGAAGAGUUGGCAAGAGUGUCAAGGUGUUGCAAGACAAAAAAAUUACGGAGGAUAUCGUUGAUCUCCCUCAACAAAAUACAGAUGAUCCAUUAGAUGAUCAGUAUGUAUUUGUGGAUUUAACGGAAAGUAUAAUUUUGAAAUAAUAAUGUUUUUUGUAUAUAUAGAGUAUAAGGUAUAUAUAGUAGUAUAGUAGGCAAAUGAAAAACUGGUAUGGUUCAGUAUAAUUAUACCAUUUCACUGUAACACAAUUCUGUGUAUCACGACCAAUUUAUAUAAUUUAUUUUCCUUUUUUUUAUAUCAAUAAAAAAUCAUAUAUUUUUCAACGCAUU